AAAAUAAAAACCAGUGAUUCUGGAACAAGAACAGAGUUCAAGGAAUCAAGGACUCAAGAGUCCCAUUCUUUCCUAUUCCUCUCUGCACCAUGAGGGGAUGUCAGCUGCCUAUUCCAGUCUUGAUUCUGCUUUCCUUGCUCCUGCCCAGAGAUGCUUCAGCUGCCUCCAAACCGCAGUACCUGGUCCUGGUCCCAUCACAGCUGUAUGCUGGGGUUACCGAGAAGGCCUGUGUUGUGCUUAAUCACCUGAAUGAGACAGUGGAACUGACAGUAACUCUGGAGUAUGAGAUGCAGAGCAGGAAUCUCCUCACAGACCUGGAGGCGAAGCACUCCUUCUACUGCAGCUCCUUCAUGAUUCCGGAGUCAUCAUCUUCCUCAGCAUUCAUUACUGUGCAGGUGAAAGGGUCAACCCAGCACUUCAUAAAGAGGAAGCCGAUGCACAUAACAAAAGUAGAAAGCCUAGUCUUUGUCCAGACAGACAAACCCAUCUACAAACCAGGACAAACAGUGAGAUUCCGCAUUGUCUCUGUGGAUGUCAAUUUUCACCCUUUGAAUGAAAUGUUCCCAGUGGUUUAUAUUGAGAAUCCCAAGAGGAACCGGAUUUUCCAAUGGCACAAUCUCAAAUUGCACUGGGGACUCAACCAGCUCUCUUUCCCACUCUCAGUGGAGCCCACGCUGGGUCCCUACAAGGUCAUACUGCAGAAGGAGUCAGGGGAAAAAAUAGAGCACUCUUUUGAGGUGAAUGAGUAUGUUUUGCCCAAAUUUGAAGUCCAAGUGAAAAUGCCCAAGACUAUUGGUUUUCUAGAUGAUGAAUUUGUGGUAUCUGUCUGCAGCCUAUACACAUAUGGAAAGCCUGUCCGUGGUCUGGUGACAAUUAAUGUGUGCAGAAGAUAUUCACGAUACAGUUCUACCUGCCAUGGAAAACAUUCACAAAGUAUCUGUGAAGAAUUUAGUCAGCAGGCAGACGAGGAAGGCUGUUUCACACAACUGGUAAAAAGUAAAAUAUUUCAUCUGAGACAAAAAGGAUAUGACAUGAAAUUACAAGUGGAAGCCAGGGUCAGAGAGGAGGGAACAGGGUUGGAAUUAACUGGACAUGGAUCAUGUGAAAUCACAAACACCUUAAGCAAACUGAAAUUUACAAAAGUGGAUUCCCAUUACAGACGUGGGCUCCCUUUCUUUGGGCAGGUUCUUCUAGUUGAUGAGAAGGAUCAGCCAAUCCCCAAUAAAACUGUAGUCGUCAACGUGGAUGUACCUGCAUACCGUGCCAGCUUUACUACGAAUGAGCACGGUUUGGCGAACAUUUCCAUUGACACCAGUAACUUCACAUCUUCAUUCAUUUCAGUUUCGGUCACUUACAAGCAGAAUAACCUCUGUUUUGAUAACUGGUGGCUUGAAGAAUUUCACACACCAGCACAGCACACUGUAAGGCAUAUUUUUUCCCCGAGCAAGAGUUAUGUUCACCUUGAACCUGUGGCUGGUACCAUCGCCUGUGGGCAAACCCAGGAGAUUUGGGCACACUACAUCCUGAAUGGACAGAUUCUGAAUGAUGAAAAAGAAUUAACCUUCUAUUAUUUGAUCAAAGCAAGAGGAAGCAUCGCUCGGUCAGGAACCCACGUGUUGUCCAUUAAGCAAGGAGAGAUGAAAGGGGUAUUUUCCUUCUCCUUUCAAGUGGAAUCAGACAUUGCUCCUACAGCCCAGUUGCUUAUUUAUACUAUUUUACCUAAUGGAGAAGUUAUUGCAGAUACUGAGAAACUCGAGAUUGAAAACUGUUUUGCCAAUAAGGUAAAUUUGAGCUUCUCUUCAGCCCAGGGCCUGCCAGCCUCAGAUACCAACCUGAAGGUCACAGCCGCUGCUUACUCCCUCUGUGCCCUCCGUGCAGUGGACCAGAGUGUCCUGCUGAUGAAGCCUGAAGCUGAGGUCUCACCUCAGUCAGUCUAUGAUUUGCUACCAGUAAAGAGCAGCCUUAGUGUUAGAUAUGGAGGUUCCGUGAAUGAAGAUGGGGAAAAAUGCAUCAAUGCAGAAGAUAUAACUCACAAUGGAAUCAUUUACACACCAAAGCAGGUCCUGAGUGAUGAUGAUGUUUACAGUAUCUUUGAGUCUGUAGGAUUAAAUAUUUUUACCAACUCAAAAAUCCACAAGCCACAUUUUUGUCAGCUGUUUCAGCCAUAUCCAGGAGCACCUAUGAUCUACGCAGGAGGUCAAGCGGGUCCAAUAGGUCCAGUAGGCUCUGCUCUAGCACGUGGAAAUUCAGGGAUAGUUUAUCCAAUGGUAGGGAGAGAAAACUCUCCAGCUGUGGAAGUGAAAGAGACAGUCCGGAAGUAUUUCCCUGAGACCUGGAUCUGGGACUUGGUGGCACUCGAUGGAUCGGGUGGAAGUGGGUCGGCAGUGACGGUCCCUGGCCUCACGGAGUGGAAGGCUGGCGCGCUCUGCUUGUCUGGAACCGCGGGGCUCGGCCUCUCCCCCAUCUCUCUUACAGCCUUCCGGCCCUUCUUCCUGGAACUCACGCUCCCCUACUCUGUGGUGCGAGGAGAAGCCUUCACACUCAAAGCCACUGCAUUCAGCUAUGUGUCCCGUUGCAUUCGGGUCAGCGUGCAGUUGGAGGUCUCUCCAGCCUUCUUGGCCAUCCCAGUAGAGAAGAAUGAAGACUCUCACUGUGUCUGUGGAAAUAAGCAGAAAACUGUGUCCUGGGCUGUUACCCCAAAGUCACUGGGAAAGGUGGAUUUCACAGCUACUGCAGAAGCCCUGCAGUCUCAGGAACUGUGUGACAAUGAGCUGCCCCACGUCCCAGCACUUGGACAGAAGGACACCGUAGUCAAGCCCUUAUUAGUUGAGCCUGAAGGAAUAGAAAAGGAGGAAACUUUCAACACACUUCUUUGUGCUUCAGAAACUGGAGAACCUGAAAAGUUGUCACUAAAACUUCCUUCAAAUGUGGUUGAAGGCUCUGCCAGGGCAACACAUUCAGUUUUGGGUGAUAUACUAGGCUCUGCAAUGCAAAAUCUUCAGAAUCUUCUCCAGAUGCCCUAUGGUUGUGGAGAGCAGAAUAUGGUCCUUUUUGCCCCUAACAUCUAUGUUCUGAACUAUCUGAAUGAGACAGGACUGCUGACAGAGAAGAUCAAGUCCAAAGCCAUCAGCCACCUCACCAGUGGUUACCAAAGACAGUUGAAUUGUAAGCACAGCGAUGGUUCUUACAGCACCUUUGGGGAUCGUCAUAGUAGAAGUCAGGGAAACACUUGGCUCACUGCAUUUGUAUUCAAGUCCUUCGCUCAAGCCCAGUCAUACAUCUUUGUGGAGGACUCGCACAUCAUGAACUCCCUUACCUGGCUCUCACAGAAGCAAAAGGAAAAUGGUUGUUUCCAGCGCUCUGGAUCAUUGUUAAACAAUGCUAUUAAGGGUGGGGUAGACGAUGAGGUGACGCUCUCUGCCUACAUCACCAUUGCUCUGCUGGAGAUGCCACUGCCUGUCACUCACCCAGUUGUCCGCAAUGCUCUAUUCUGCCUGGAAAGGGCCUGGGAAUCUACUUCAGAGACCCAAGGAAGUCUUGUCUAUACCAAGGCAUUAUUGGCCUAUGCCUUUGCUCUAGCAGGAAACCAGGCCAAACGAAGUGAGCUGCUUGAAUCACUAGACAAAGAGGCUGUAAAAGAAGAGGACUCAAUCCACUGGCAACGUCCUGGGAAACCUCAAGAAGUUAAUGCACUCUAUUAUCAACCCCGGGCUCCUUCUGUUGAAGUGGAGAUGACGGCUUACACUCUCCUUGCCUAUCUUACUGCCCAGCCUGCCCCAUCUUCCGAAGACCUGUCUGUGGCCACACGGAUUGUGAAAUGGGUCACCAAGCAACAAAACCCCAGUGGGGGCUUCUCCUCCACUCAGGAUACAGUGGUAGCUCUCCAAGCGCUCUCCAAGUAUGGAGCAGCAACUUUCACUAAAAGGGAGAAAGCAGCUACAGUCACCAUCAAGUCUUCAGAGACCUUCUCUGAAGAAUUCCAAGUAGAUGAAGGCAAUCGCCUAUUGCUGCAGGAGGUCACUUUGCCAGAGGUUCCAGGGGAGUACAGCAUGGCAGUGUCAGGGUCGGGAUGUGUGUACCUCCAGACAUCCCUGAGAUAUAAUAUCCUGCCCAAGAAAGAAGGAAAAUCUCCCUUUACUCUGAAAGUUGAUACUCUCCCCAAGAAUUGUGAUGGAGUCAAUGCUCACAAGAAAGUCCAGAUUCUCAUCAACAUUAGUUAUACUGGGGAACGACCCAGCUCCAACAUGGUCAUUGUUGAUGUGAAGAUGGUAUCAGGCUUCAUACCUGUGAAAGCAUCAGUGAAAAAGCUCCAAGAAAGGCCUCAGAUUCAAAGGACUGAAGUGAGCACCAACCAUGUCCUGAUUUACUUUGAAGAGCUAACCCAUCAAAGCUUGAGUUUCUCCUUCUCAGUGGAACAAGACAUCCCAAUAAAGAAUUUAAAACCAGCUACCGUAAAGGCCUAUGAUUAUUAUGAGACAGAGGAAUUCACCAUUGAAGAGUACAGUGUUCCCUGCAGUGCUGAAUCUGAACAUGGAAAUGCUUGAAGAUGGAAACUUACAAACUUCAUCAGAUGAACUUCUCCAGAAACGAAGAACAAAGACUUAUCAGGAGAGAAGAUAGUGGGAGAAAGAAGGGACGGGAAUUGGAAGUACAUGAAAUUUGUGUGUCGAAUAAAUUUGACAUUUACAACUCUA